AUUCCAUCAUCUACCAUUACACUGGGUAAUCGUGCUAAAGAUCCCAUGGUCAUAUAAUUACAAUUUCCACAUAUUUAUGAGAAGCAACCUCUAAUGGGGGAGUCAUCUUCACAUGCUCCACAAAUAUCAUCUCUACCCUUUGAAACCUCAUACCCACCACUUGAGAUGAACAACCCAACCUUUCCCACAGCCAUACCACCUUUGAUGGGACAAGUGUCAGCUAUUCAACCCAACCCCUUAGUUGAGAUAUUGAGGCCUACUUUGGAGGAUGGGAAGUCAAGAGAAGUCGAUCACAAGUUGCAACAAUUGGAAGAGGCUCUGAAGGCUAUGCAAGGGCCACAAGCUUAUGGUUGUCUUUAUGCCCACUUGCAGAUGUACGCCAAGAAAAUGGCACCUUAUGCCAAUGAUGAGAGGAUACUCAUUCAUUACUUUCAAGACAGUCUGUUAGGCCCAGCAAGUAUUUGGUUCUCCAUUCUUGACAAGAAGAAGAUUCGCACUUUCAAGGAUGUGUCUCAAGCUUUCAUGAGGCAGUAUGAGUACAAUAUGAGUCUGGCUCCUACAAGGGAUAGCUUACAGAGAGUUACCAAGAAGAGUAAUGAAACCUUCAAAGAAUUUGGCCAACGGUGGAGAUCCGAAGCAGCUAAGGUCAUUCCACCCCUUGCUGAUAGCGAAAUCUGCUAUCUAUUUAUCAAGUCAACUACCGAGACUUGCCGUGCAUGGCAAUUAGAGCAAGUCAAGACUAGUAACACCAGAUCUACUUCAAAGAAGUUUGCACCCAAAGGGAAGAAAGAAGAUGAGGAGGCUGUAAGUCAUAUUUUCACUGACCAUGCCAAACCAAUUUAUAAUGUGGCAAAUGUUCCUUAUAAUCAGCAACCCCAAUUGCAAUUCACUCCAACCUUUAGGCCUACCACUUAUCCUCAAAGGAGGCCAAACUUUAAUACUCAAGCUCCUAUUAGACAACAAUUUCCACUUACAAAUAGACCGAGACAGUUCACUAGACUUCCAAUCCCUUACAGUGAGGUGUUGAAACAAUUAGUUGAAGUAGGUUUAAUGAAGACAGUGCAAGCAAACCCUAUUCGGCCACCUUAUCCAUUUUGGUAUGAUCCACAAGCUAGGUGCGAAUAUCACAAUGUGGUGGGUCAUGGUACCAAAUAUUGUGCAACUUUGAAACAUAGGAUUCAAGAUCUCAUUGAUGAGGGUAAACUUCAGCUUGAUGCUAAGGAAGCUAAGGUUGAUGAACCCGUGUUGAAGAAUGUCAGUUCUUGGUCUCUUAAUGAGUUGUUUGCCAUUUUGAUGGAGCAUGAUCUAAUUCAGCUGAUCGCACCAAUGAGCUUGAAUGUUUUGCCGAGAAAGGUUGAGGAGUUGCAGGCAAUGGGAUCUUUGAAGUUUGUGUUUACUCCAGAGUCAGAGAAAUCUAUAGCACCAGUGACUGAGGAAUACUUCACCAAAGAGAGGCCAUAUACUCUACAGAGUAUUAAAAAGGCACAAGUCAUCAGUCAAAAUUCUCAACAGCCUUAUGUCUUGAAGACCUCUCUUAGUGAGCCAUCCGUGGGAGAAACAUCAUCUAUGGUCAACAGCCAUAUUCCUUAUUCAUUUAUGGCCACACCUCAACAUGUUACCAUUAUGGAUCCUACAACUAAUGAUGUGUCCAAUAUGACCCGUAGUGGUCGGUGUUAUGUGAAUCUCAAAGUGCAAGAAUUGAGAAGGGCUGCCCUGAAAUCAAAAGACAUCAGAAUUGAAGAAAUGCCAGAAGAAUUGCCUAAGAAGCUAAUAGUCUUGAAAGAGGCUCAUGUGCCUAAGAACAUUGAUACUCAGAAGUUUGGGACCGUGGUUGGGGCAAUCGUGGCUCCAAAUUAUAUUAAUUUCAUUGAUGAUGAGAUUCCCGAUGAAGGAAAUGGGCAUACCAAGGCUCUUCACAUUUCUGUUCAGUGUAAGAUGAUGAAUGUGCCUCAUGUGUUGAUUGAUAAUGGGUUAGCCUUGAAUGUGGUCCCUAUGACUGUUUUGAAGCAAUUGAAGAUGGAUGAGUCUCACAUGAAUCAGUGUAACACAGUGGUUCGUGCUUUUGAUGGAACAAAAACAAGUGUGAUUGGAAAGAUUGAGCUUCUAGUGGAAAUUGGUCCUGUGACUUUUGAUGUGGAUUUCUUUGUUAUGGACAUUUCUCCUGCUUUCAAUAUGCUUCUUGGAAGGCCUUGGAUACAUGUUGCGGGAGUAGUACCAUCCACUUUGCAUCAAAAGGUCAAAUACAUUGUCAAUGGUGUCCUUGUUACUGUGAAUGGCGAGGAUGAACAUGUCAUUAGAAAAGCUAUAACCAUCCCAUACCUAGGAGUUGAUUCUGGAACUUAUGAGCCCUCUUAUCACUCAAUGGAGUGUGCUGCUGCUUCUUAUAUCCAUCCAAAGUUAAGAGGGAAACGGGCUGAAAUGGCUAAACCUGCUAAAGUUGCUGCUAGAAUCAUGCUUUCAUGUCAUUAUCAGUUGAGAGAGGGUUUGGGAUUGAAUGGAAAAGGAAUUCUUGAGCCUAUCGAAGUAAUUCAAGCUUGUGGCACUUUUGGUUUGGGAUACAAACCGAACAAGGAAGAUUGGCAGAGAAUGCGUGCUACUAAAGCGGAGAAGCGCCUUGCUAGAUUUCAAGGGAGAGAUCUGAGAAAUGAACCAAUGUGGGUGCCGCACAUUAGAAUUACAUUUCCACGGCCUGUUGAGAUUUUAUGCCCUUUUCUUGAUGGAUAUGUGGUGAAGCAUAUGAAUGUCUUAUAUGUAGACCCAAGGGGUAUUGUUGUCACUAGCGAACCGCCUGAAAUUGGGGAAUGUUCAAAACAAGCACAAUUCGAGGAGGUGGUUGUGGAAGAUAUCACUGAUGAAGUAUGUUCUAAUGAUAAGGAAGAUUGUUUUGACUUCAACAACCUCUUUGGGUCAGCCAACAUGACAGAUCCUAAGGAAAGGUGGAGGAGAAUGCUUGUUGAAAGGGUAUUUAUGGAGGGGCACCCCAACUUCCAUCUUGUGCAUCAUGCAAAAACUCCAAUGGAUGAGGAAAGACCGGAAUUUGAUAGGGGAAUUUCUUUGGUCAAUGGAAGCUCUCUGGUCAAUGGAAGCUCUCAGGCUAAUUGGACAGUAGAACUUCUCCCUGUAGCUUUCAUCUCUGAGCCUGCUAAUGACGAAUCUUUAAACAAUGACACCAUAUCAGACUUUAUAUAUGAGAUUGAUGAUCAGACCUAUAAUGAAGAAGACAAUGAAAAUCUUGAUCCUUCUCAUGAACUAACUCAAAUGCCAAAAGAGGAAAAACCAAAGCUGCAACCAAAUCAAGAGACAGAAACCAUUAAUCUGGGUACUGAGGAUGAUAGAAAAGAGAUAAACAUUAAUGCUCAUCUAUCUUCAAAGGAAAGAAAAGAAUUAAUUGAACUCUUAUAUGAAUUCCAAGAUGUUUUUGCUUGGUCCUACAAAGACAUGCCAGGAUUAGAUCCUGAUAUUACUGUUCACGCCAUUCCACUCUAUUCUGAGGCCAAAUCAAUCAAGCAAAAGCUAAGAAGGAUGAAGCUAGAGGAUGGCCGAGUCAGAGUCUGUGUGGAUUAUAGAGACUUGAACAAAGCAAGCCCCAAGGAUGAUUUCCCAUUGCCUCACAUCCAAAUUCUGUUAGAUAAUGCUACCAAAAAUGCUCGGUUCUCUUUUGUUGAUGGUUACUCUGGGUACAAUCAUAUAAGAAUGAAGGAGAAGGACGAGCUCAAGACUACAUUCAUCAUUCAAUGGGGUACCUUUUGCUACAAAGUUAUGCCUUUUGGACUCAAAAAUGUCGGGGCAACAUACCAAUGCUUUGUGAUUACUUUAUUACAUGACUUUGUGCAUACCAUUGUUGAGCUAUAUGUUUAUGACAUGGUGAUUGUGUCCAAAGAAGAGAUGCUACAUACAGAAAAUCUCAAGAAGGUGUUUGAACGCCUUAGAAGAUACAAAAUGAGACUCAAUCCUACUAAAUGUACUUUUGAUGUGGAUUCGGGAAAGCUACUUGGCUUCAUUGUGAGCCGCCAAAGAAUAGAGAUUGAUCCAACCAAAAUAAAAGCCAUUGAUGAAAUGCCACCACCAAAAUACCAAAAAGAAGUUCAAAGUUUCUUGGAAAACCCUCAUACCUGGAAUGACCAAUGCCAACAAGCCUUUGACAAAAUCAAAGAAUACCCCAAAAACCCACCAAUCCUUGUGCCUCCAACUGAUAAAAGGCCCUUCAUCCUACAUAUCAUGGUCCUUGAAAAAUCCAUGGCAGCCGUCCUUAUCCAACAUAAUGACUCAGGCAAGAAAGAGAGAGCCAUCUAUUAUGCCAUCAAAGGGCAAGCCAUUGCAAAUCAUUUAGCCAAACAUGCGGCAGAGGAUUAUGAGCCUAUUGAUUGGGAUUUUCUUGAUGAAAACAUUUUGGCAGUGGAGGCAGAAUCUGAUUCAAAUAAUUGGAAUCUCUUCUUUGAUGGAGCUGUUAACCAGCUUGGUUGUGGCCUUGGAGCAGUAUUGGUAUCUCCAAAGGGCGAUCAUUUUCCUAUUGCUAUAAAGCUUGAUUUUGCUUCACUAAUCAUCUACCAAACAAAUGGAGAAUGGCAAACCAAGGAUCCAAAACUUAUUCCCUAUCACCAAUACCUCGAAACUCUCCUAAGAAAAUUCAGAUUCAUCUCCUUAAAUCAUAUGCCCCGUGCCAAGAACCAAUUUGCGGAUGCUUUGGCAACUUUAGCCUCCAUGAUCCAAAUCUCUAGCAAUGACAUAAUCAAGCCUUUGAUGAUUGAAAUUAGUCAAAAACUGGCACAUUGCAUGAAAAUCAAGGUUGAUGACAAACCAUGGUUUCAUGAUAUUAAACAGUUCUUGCAAAAUGGGGAAUAUCCUCUUCAUGCCUCUAAAGUGAACAAGAAGACAAUCAGAAAGUUGGGAGCUACAUACUUCUUGAAUGGCAAUACACUGUAUAAACAUUUUGUUGAUAUGACUUUGUUAAGAUGUGUCGAUGAAAUAGAAGCAAAACAAGUCAUGACUGAGGUCCAUGAAGGGAUAUGUGGGACACAUGCAAAUGGAAGAAUGCUUGCUAGAAAGAUUCUCCAAGCCAGGUAUUAUUGGUCGACUAUGGAACAUGACUGCAUCAAAUAUGCACGAGCUUGUCACAAAUGUCAAAUCUAUGCUGAUCAUAUUAAUGCUCCACCUUCAUUACUGCAUAAUAUGUCCACUCCUUGGCCAUUCUCCAUGUGGGACAUUGAUGUGAUUGGGGCAAUUAAUCCUAAAGCUUCUAAUGGUCACCAAUUUAUCUUGGUCGCUAUUGAUUAUUUCACCAAAUGGGUAGAAGCGACAUCUUAUGCUAGUGUUACCAAAAAGAUGAAUGGUGCGGUGGAAGCUGCCAACAAGAACAUCAAGAAGAUUCUAGCUAAAAUGGCAGUCACUUACAAAGAUCGGCAUGAAAUGUUGCCAUAUGCUCUCCAUGCUUAUAGAACCUCUGUUCGCACUUCAAUUGGGGCAAUACCUUAUUCCUUGGUAUAUGGAAUGGAGGGAGUAUUACCAAUUGAGCUAGAAAUCCCUUCUAUGAGAAUCUUAUCCGAGUCAAGGAUUGAUGAAGAAGACUUGAUUCAAAAAAAGAUCGAUUAUCUCAACUUGCUUGAUGAGAAAAGAUUGGCAGCUCUUUGUCAUGGCCAAUGCUAUCAGCGAUGAAUGGCAGCAGCUUACAACAAGAAAGUCAAACCUAGAGUAUUUCAUCAAGGAGAUCUUGUUUUGAGGAAGAUCAUGCCAAAUGAAAGGGACCCUAGGGGCAAAUUUGCACCAAACUAUGAAGGGCCCUAUGUUGUUAAAUAAGCUUUCUCCGGAGGAGCACUCUUGUUGAGAUAUCCAGAUGGAAUUGAUUAUCAUCACCCAAUAAAUGACGAUGCUAUUA